GCUAUCCUCUCUCUCUUCCCCUGAAAUCUCUCUCUCUCUCCUCUCAACUCAAAUUCUACAGUGAAAAAAUGGCGGUCCCUCGACCCAUCUGCCCGCCCACUCUAACAACGCCUGCGCCCUUCUUAGCAGGAGGACUCGAUACCAGCAAUACUUCAUUCUCCUCUAGAGCCCUACCCCAGUUGCAGGCAAUAGGGAUGAAACGAAAAGGAGGGUGCCUUUGUGGAGCGCUGAGCGAGAGAGGAGAAUACCACUCGGAAAGGCCUCCAACGCCACUACUCGACACCAUCAACUACCCCAUUCACAUGAAGAACCUCUCCAUCCCAGAGCUCAAACAACUGGCCGAUGAGGUUCGGUCAGAUGUAAUAUUCCAUGUGUCGAAGACCGGGGGUCACCUGGGCUCCAGUCUUGGGGUGGUGGAGCUCACUGUAGCCAUUCACUACGUCUUCAACGCUCCACAAGAUAAGAUACUCUGGGACGUUGGCCACCAGACUUACCCUCACAAGAUAUUGACGGGGAGGAGAGAGAAAAUGGGUACACUGAGGCAAACCAAUGGUCUUUCAGGGUUCACCAAGCGCUCAGAGAGUGAGUACGAUUGCUUUGGGGCGGGGCACAGCUCCACUAGCAUCUCUGCCGGCUUAGGGAUGGCAGUUGGGAGAGACCUGAAGGGAAGGAAGAACCAUGUGGUGGUGGUGAUAGGAGAUGGUGCCAUGACUGCAGGACAGGCAUAUGAGGCCAUGAACAAUGCAGGUUACUUGGACUCUAACAUGAUUGUCAUUCUCAAUGACAACAAGCAAGUUUCUUUGCCCACUGCCACACUCGAUGGACCCAUACCGCCUGUGGGGGCCCUUAGUAGUGCUCUCAGUCGUCUACAGUCUAGCCGAUCCCUUAGGCAGCUUAGGGAGGUUGCUAAGGGUGUGACAAAACAAAUUGGAGGCCCCAUGCAUGAGCUAGCAGCCAAGGUGGAUGAAUAUGCAAGAGGAAUGAUAAGUGGCUCAGGCUCCACAUUGUUUGAGGAGCUUGGUCUCUAUUACAUCGGACCAGUUGAUGGUCACAACUUGGACGAUCUGAUCACAAUCUUACGAGAUGUUAAGGCCACCCCCACUACUGGUCCUGUUCUAAUCCAUGUUGCUACUGAAAAAGGAAGGGGAUAUCCGUAUGCUGAACGAGCCUAUGAUAAGUAUCAUGGCGUUGCAAAGUUCGAUCCAGCCACAGGGAAGCAAUUCAAGGGCACAGCCAACACCAAGUCCUACACUUCCUAUUUUGCAGAUGCUCUCAUUGCUGAGGCUGAGGCUGAUCCCGAUAUUGUGGCGAUUCAUGCAGCCAUGGGAGGUGGCACUGGCCUCAAUGCCUUCCUUCGCCGCUUCCCGAACCGAUGCUUUGACGUGGGCAUUGCCGAGCAACAUGCAGUCACCUUUGCAGCUGGCCUCACUUGUGAGGGUGUAAAGCCCUUCUGUGCAAUCUAUUCCUCCUUCCUCCAACGCGCCUACGAUCAGGUAAUACACGAUGUGGAUCUCCAAAAGCUGCCAGUGAGGUUCGCCAUGGACAGAGCCGGACUUGUUGGGGCUGACGGACCCACACAUUGCGGUGCAUUUGAUGUGACCUUCCUUGCAUGCCUGCCCAACAUGGUGGUGAUGGCACCGUCAAAUGAGGCCGAGCUCUUCCACAUGGUGGCCACGGCUGCUGCCAUCGAUGACCGGCCUAGUUGCUUCCGCUACCCUCGAGGCAAUGGAGUUGGCAUCCCCUUGCCGGAGGGCAAUAAGGGAACUCCCCUUGAGAUUGGAAAAGGAAGAAUUUUAGUAGAAGGGGAGAGGGUAGCUCUUUUAGGCUAUGGAAUGGCCGUUCAAAGCUGCCUCGCAGCUGCUUCCUUGCUUGAAAGACGUGGCCUUCGGCCCACAGUAGCAGAUGCCCGCUUCUGCAAGCCAUUGGAUCAAGGGAUGAUACGUCGCCUUGCCAAAACCCACCAAGUCCUCAUCACAGUUGAAGAGGGCAGCAUCGGCGGCUUCGGGGCCCACGUGGCUCAGUUCAUGUCCCUUGAUGGCCUUCUCGAUGGAAGUACGAAGUGGAGGCCUCUAGUUCUCCCUGAUAAUUACAUCGACCACGGAUCACCAGCCAAUCAAUUGGCAGAAGCAGGCUUAACGCCUGCUCAUAUUGCAGCCACAGUCUUCAAUAUCCUUGGCCAGACUAGAGAAGCCCUUGAGGUCAUGUCUUGAAACGUAAAAAAGAACUCUCAGUGAAGGUUUUGUAAAUAUCAGACAUCGAUUUGCAUUUUGAUCAAGGAAUUUAGUUAAUUUUGAGGAAAUCAAGCUCGACCAAUCGGAUAAACAAAGAUGGGUGAGCAGAGCGAGAGAGAGUGUGCUCAUGCCUUAGUAUUUUAUCAGAAGACUUCGAA